AUGACGGACGCAGGUCCCAGAAAAGAGACCCUGACGAACUUCAGCGACCUCGAUGAACUCGACGAACUCGCCGCGCCAGCGCCCAUCUCCCCUGGGUUCUCACAGCGUGAAACCCACCUUGAAGAGCGGCCGCAAGAUGAAGCCCUCGACGAACUUGCCGCCCCAGCUCCGAUUUCUCCCUCUACGAGCCACCGAGCGUCGCACCUCGAGGAUCGACCUAGCACCCCCUCCUUGACCGAGAAGUCACAGUCGCCCACCCCAAGCCCUUCACGCCUGGAAACAGAAACCUACACGAUAGCCUACCUGAUCCUCUUCUCCAUUCUCGGUACCCUCGCUCGCCUAGGCUUACAAGCACUGACCGUCUACCCUGGCGCCCCAAUCCAGACGGGCAUCGUAUGGGCCAAUGUCGCCGGCUCCAUGAUAAUGGGCUUUCUGAGCGAAGACCGGAUGUUAUUCCGGCAGGAAGAAGAGGAUGAAGCCAUGCGUACGAACGGCCUUGCACGCACUGCGUCGCAUAUGCAAAAACACACAGCUACAAAGAAGGGAUUACCCCUCUACAUAGGCCUAGCGACCGGUUUCUGUGGCAGUUUCACCUCCUUCUCCGCGUUCAUGCGCGAUGCCUUUUUCGCAUUGGCGAAUUCCUUGCCGGUGCCUGUUCAGCACCCUACUAUCCCUACCCCUUCUUCGACCGUCAUAGAUACGCAGAGGAAUGUGCAUAGGGAUGGUGGAUACUCCCUGAUGGCCCUUUUGACUGUUCUGAUAGCGAACUUGGGUCUCAGUCUUGGUGGAUUGCAGGUGGGCGCACAUGUCGCCCUCGCUAGUGAGCGCUGGUUGAUCCGUGUUCCAGCGCUGGUGGGACGGGUGAUUUUCGAUAGACUCGCGGUACUCUUGGCUGUUGGAUUGUGGGUGGGCAGUAUAGUCAUGGUCGUCUUGCCACCUGAUAGACCUAGCGGGCCGGUGGGUAACACGAGAACUUGGGCACAAGAGACGUGGAGGAGUCAAGCACUGUUCUCUUUAGUCUUUGCACCCUUAGGCUGUUUAUUGAGGUUUUACGUGAGUCUGAAAUUGAAUGGGAGGAUCAAGUCUUUUCCGCUGGGAACAUUUGCUGUCAAUAGCUUUGGAACGGUGAUGGAGGCUCUGUUUGUCGAUUUACAACGCGUGCCUGUCGGCGGACAUCUGGGCUGUCAAAUUUUGCAGGGCAUGGAGGAUGGCUUUUGUGGGUGUUUGACUACUGUCAGUACGUGGGUCGUGGAAAUCAAUGGGUUGCGAAGACGGCAUGGUUAUGUGUAUGCAGUAUCGAGCAUAGCUGUUGGGUUGGCCUUCUUUGUGGUGAUAUCCGGGAGCUUGCUAUGGACGAGAGGGUUCAAGCCGCUUACUUGCAUGACUUAA